UCCUCGACCGCCUCUCGCCCGCCGCGCCCGCGCCGCCUGUCAGCAGCCAUGAGUGCCCUCGGCCCGGGUUGAGUCUUCCGCCCGCUCGAGCAGUCCUCCCGCCGCCCCCGAAGCCGUCUGCACGAUGGAGUCGCCCGCCUCGAGUCAACCCGCCGGCCUGCCCCAGCCCAAAGAAAAGACCAAGAAAAAGAAGUUACGAAUAUCAUGUGUGCCCAAGCCACCUGUGCCCAACCCCACGCCCCCCCGGAACCUGGACUCCCGGACGUUCAUUACCAUCGGAGAUAAGAACUUUGAGGUGGAGGCCGACGACCUGGUCACCAUCUCGGAGCUGGGCCGUGGUGCCUACGGGGUGGUAGAGAAGGUGCGGCAUGCCCAGAGCGGCACCAUCAUGGCCGUGAAGCGGAUCCGGGCCACUGUGAACUCACAGGAGCAGAAGCGGCUGCUCAUGGACCUGGAUGUCAACAUGCGCACCGUGGACUGCUUCUACACCGUCACCUUCUACGGGGCCCUCUUUAGAGAGGGAGAUGUUUGGAUCUGUAUGGAGCUCAUGGACACGUCCCUUGACAAGUUCUACCGGAAAGUGCUGGAGAAGGAUAUGACGAUUCCCGAAGACAUUCUGGGGGAGAUUGCCGUGUCUAUCGUCAGGGCCCUGGAGCAUCUGCACAGCAAGCUUUCGGUGAUCCACAGAGAUGUGAAGCCGUCGAAUGUGCUCAUCAACAAGGAGGGCCACGUGAAGAUGUGCGACUUUGGCAUCAGCGGCUACUUGGUGGAUUCAGUGGCCAAGACAAUGGAUGCUGGCUGCAAGCCCUACAUGGCUCCCGAGAGAAUCAACCCGGAGCUGAACCAGAAGGGCUACAAUGUCAAGUCCGAUGUCUGGAGCCUCGGCAUCACCAUGAUUGAGAUGGCCAUUCUCCGGUUUCCGUACGAGUCCUGGGGGACACCGUUCCAGCAGCUGAAGCAAGUGGUAGAAGAGCCAUCACCGCAGCUUCCUGCCGACCGCUUCUCCCCCGAGUUCGUAGACUUCACUGCGCAGUGCCUGAGGAAGAACCCAGCAGAGCGCAUGAGCUAUCUGGAGCUGAUGGAGCACCCUUUCUUCACCUUGCACAAAACCAAGAAGACGGACAUCGCUGCCUUUGUGCAGGAGAUCCUGGGGGAAGACUCUUAGGUAUGGGGCCAGGCCCCACGCUGCGCACCAGACCGCACAGCUCCCGCUUGCUCACAUCCACAAGCUGCCAAGGACUGAGGGGCCUGUGCCUACCCGCUCAGGCCUGGCCCGUGCCUCUGUCCCUGCUGCCCCAGGGACCCGAGUCUCCAGCCCCUGCUACCUGACCCGGAGGUGCCGGAUGGCCCGGCGGAUGCUGCUGGCCCGGCAGUGAAGGCAGCUGUUGCUCACCCGGCCCUGGGUGCCACUUAAGUUGUACAUUUUUUU